UGACGUCAGUGAGCUGACGUGUCACGUGAUCAGCCCCUCCCCCUGCGUGAAUCCAUAGAAGUCUGCUGUAAAAUGGAUGUCAAGCUGGAGGACUGUGAUUCGAAAGAACCCGAGCAGCUUCGGAAGCUGUUUAUUGGCGGCCUGAGCUUUGAAACCACAGAGGAGAGUUUACGGGCCCAUUUUGAGGAAUGGGGUACACUCACAGACUGCGUGGUGAUGAGAGACCCCGGCAGCAAGCGGUCAAGAUGCUUUGGCUUUGUGACCUACUCCUCUGUGUUGGAGGUUGACGAGGCAAUGAAAGCAAGGCCUCAUAAAGUAGAUGGUCGAGUUGUUGAACCCAAGAGGGCCAUGUCCAGAGAGGACUCCAAUAAACCAGGGGCUCAUCUGACAGUGAAGAAGAUAUUUGUGGGCGGUAUCAAGGAAGACACUGAAGAGCACCAUAUCCGAGACCAUUUCAAGAAAUAUGGAACAAUCGAAUGCAUCGAAGUCAUGGAGGAGCGCUCCACCGGAAAAAAGAGAGGAUUCUGCUUUGUCACUUUUGAUGAUCAUGACACUGUAGACAAAAUUAUCGCUCAGAACUACCACACCAUCAACUCGCACAAUUGUGAAGUCAGGAAAGCGCUGUCAAGGCAAGAAAUGAAUGUGUUGUCCAAUAACAGGGGAAGGAGUGGAGGCUCUAGUAACUUCAUGGGCAGAAGUGAUAACUUCGGAAGUGGUGGAAACUAUGGUCGAGGUGACUAUGGUGGAGGACGAGGUGGAUAUGACGAUUUUGACGGUCCUAGUGGAAAUUAUGGAGGAGGACAAGGAGGUUAUGGAGGUCGGUCCAACUAUAGAAGUGGAAGUCCUGGGUAUGGCAAUCAGGGUGGUGGAUAUCGUGGUGGCUGUGAUGGAGGAAACGAUGGAGGUUACAGAGGGGGUGGAAAUUACAAUGAUUUUGGAGGCUAUGGUAGUGGCCGUCAGUCCAGCUAUGGGCCCAUGAAGGGAAACAGUUUAGGAGGCAGAAACUCAGGUGGACCAUAUGGAGGCGGCUAUGGCUCUGGAGGAAGCAGCGGCGGUGGUGGCGGUGGUGGAUAUGGAUCACGGCGCUAUUAGAUAUUAUGUCGGCUUCAGUUCUUACGAUGAGCAAAGGAAUUGUCAGGAAAGCUGCAGGUUACAUUGAGGCUGAAAGCAUUAGAGCAACACACAAGUCAGACAGCUAACUGGGACAUGUUUAUUGAAGAAGGACUGUACAUUAUAAUGAAGACAUGAUUCCCUGAUCUUAUUGUCAUAGAUGUUUGCCUGCGAAGCAACUUUUCCCCUUUGUGCGUCUGAGGUGAUGCGUAUCGUGCUUGCGGUGUCAGGGGUUAAGCAUAAUUUGCUUUUUUUUAUCUACGCUAAAGACCGCAUUGUUUCAUAUGGUUUAGCUUUCUGUUGAUCAAAGUCUUUUUAACCUGGUUCUUGUCACUUAGCACAGUUGAGUUAGACCCCUUACAAUUGUGUUGGAAAAAUCCUUUCUAUGUUUUUGAUUGUGUGUAUGUGUGAAGCCCAGUAACACAGGUCCCUCAAAGAAAUUAAGAUUAGGGAACUGUAGUCUGUUCAAAUAUUUCCAUCAGCUGACAAGAUCAAAUAAAAUUGUUUUAUAAAGUAA